AAUUGAGAGAAGCAGAGGCCCCAUGGAGCACAAAAGAUUCUCAUAAUUCAAAAGAAGGUUCCCUCCAUGAAUACAUAUGACUGCCUUUUUCUAUACAAUUCUGCUUUAACACCCACGUGUUGAACAGAUGAAACUUAUCAUGAAAAAAGGAUCAGAAUUAUGAAUUAUUGAACGCAAGCAAAAGAAAGACCAUCAUCAACUUGAGCGUCCUUGGAGCUCUCAAAAAAUCUGCCUCUUUCUGCUCUUUGAUAUCAUAAACAAUGCUUCAUCUGAAUUUUAAAGCUACUCUUUCUGAAUUUCAUGAAAGUGAUGGUUCUUAAUGGCAAAGAAGAAGAGCUGGUUCAAUCUACUAAAGAGGUUGUUCAUUUCAGACACACAUUCAAAGCCAGAAAAGAAGGAGAAGAGAAGGAGAUGGGCAUUUGGAAGGCUUAAAAUCAAGAGAUUAGCCUCAAUUGCAGCGCCGUCGCCAUCAAGAGAAGGCGCGCUAUGUGAAGCAGACGAGCAGAGGAAGCAUGCUGUGAAUUUGGCUAUUGCAACAGCUGCUGCGGCUGAAGCUGCCGUGGCUGCUGCAGAGGUUGCUCGGUUAAAUGGCAUCGAUCAAUUUAGCUAUCAAUACGAGGCAGAAACACGAGAAUUUUCACCCCAUCACAUUCUAACCAUUGCUCCUCAAUUGGCUCAUCAAUGUGAGAAGGAGAUUCAAAAUCGCGCUGCCACCAAAAUUCAGACUGCUUUUCGCAGCUAUCUUGCAAGGAAAGCUUUGAGAGCAUUGAAGGGACUUGUUAGGCUUCAAGCCAUUGUUAGAGGCCGAGCCGUUAGACGCCAAGCUAUCACUACUCUAAGGUGCUUGCAGUCCAUUGUAAAUAUCCAGUCACAGGUCUGUGCAAGGAGAGGUCAAAAGGGGGAGGGAACUUGGCAUUGUGAUGACAAACAAGAGUUGGGAGAUUUGAGAGACAAGGAGAUAAAGAUUGAUUCAAACAGUCAGAGAAGGUGGGAUGAUAGCAUUCUAUCAAAGGAGGAGGCAACUGCGCUGUUCUUAAGCAAGAGAGGGGCCCUAAUCAAGAGAGAACGAAUGAAGGAAUACUUGAGCCAUCGCAAGUCAGCAGAAUCAGAAGAGAACAAGGUAAAUGGAAGAUGGAGAGACUUGUUAGAACAAUGGGUGGACACCCAAUUGGCUAAAAGGGAAGACCUUAAAAUCCCAGACACAGUUUUCUCUCCAAAGGCAAGAGUCAGAGAGGAAUUUGGAGGAAAACAACUCAAACUGAGAAAUUCCCCAAAACAAUAUCACAUAGAGGGACUGGACUCACCAAUGCAUGUCCCCAGAAGAUCAUUUAAUCAUCGAAAGCAACGAUCCAUUGGAGAUGGCAAUUCCUUCGCAGGCUCCCCCAUUGUUCCAACUUACAUGGCUGCUACUGAAUCUGCCAAGGCAAAAGCAAGAUCAAUGAGCUCGCCGAGGUUAAGGCCAGUGAGUUUAGACACUUGCUCUGAAACAAAUUCACCAUACAAGUAUAAGCUCUCUCCUAUAUCUUCUCUCAACAGCGACGUGUUGGGAAGCAGUAGGAUUGGCAAUCCCAGUGUUUUCCAACAGAGAUCUCCGUGCAUAAAAAGUCUUCCAAGUCACUUGAAAUCAAGCAGAACCUUGAAGGAUCUCAGCUUUGAUUCAGGGUGCUCAUUGCCAACUUGGGAUCACAUGGUGCCUUCAGCCGAUUCACUGGCUGGAGCAAGAAUUUACAACAGUUGAGUUGGUUUUGAGUACAGAAAGUAGUGAUGUUGUGUUGAUGUUUCAUCUGCUAGCCAACAGAUCAUAUUUGAUUGCUAAAUGGUCCAUUGUAGAAAAAAUUCAUCAACAGUCUCUGCCAAAGACUAACUCAUCUCAACUUAGGAGGCUUUGAAUAUAUCAGUAAUUUAUAAUUUUGGUGACCUAAACAGUUGUAAAAUCCUAUGUUUCGAUUUAUUUUUUUCAUCUUUCGACCAAGUAAGGAAGUGGAUAAGAUUCCUUCUAAUGCAAGAAGAAGAAGAAUUUUCGGAUGCAAAUCUUGACAUUUCAACAUAGGCAAUGCAGCAAUGCAACUUUCCCAGUUUCCCCCCAUCAUUCUUCUUGCUUGUUGCAAUUCAUGAAGUGACAACACCCAAGAGCUCUUUGUCGCCUAAAAUGCAGUCAUCUAUCAUGUACAAAAUUGGCAUUUCUCUACCGUUACUGAUCUUUUCAUUUUUCAUA